CACUGACGGUGACGGUCCAUUUCCAACCAACCGACACCCUUUCCUUGCCGUACUUGCCUUUUGGUAGUGUCCAUUUCGUUACGGAUUCGUCGUCGUUGUCGUUGCAGUAGUUGCUAUAGUAGCAGUAGUUGCAACAGUCGUAAUUGCAAUGGCAACCGUUAGGUCGUCGAACCCGAGCGGCAUGGAAGAAACCACCGUCCACCCGACGGCUUUGGGGACAACCGAUGCCGCCGCAUCCACGGACGACCCGUCCGAGUCGUCUCUGCCCGUCGACAAGGGAAGUACUGUACGGGAUGUCGGCGACAACGCACGAGAAGAUGAACCGGAGGCAGCUUUGCAUGCGGAGACGACGGAACCAGCCGCUACCGCCGCCACGGAUCCGGACGGUGCCAUCCGCACAGUCGCCACGCUGUGUCGGGACGACGACCAAGAGUCACACUCUACGGAUGCCACCAACUGUACCACGGUCCUUCCACAAAAACCAGUUAAACGAGCCCGCACGGCGUAUUUCAUUUUCGCCGACGACCAUCGAGCACGAGUCCAGAAAGAACAUCCGGGCGAAGGCGUGGCGACACAGGCCAAAGCACUCGGUCACCUUUGGGCGAACUUACCGGCCGACGCCAAGUUGGUGUAUCAGAACCAAGCCGCACAGGAGCGAGAGCGUGUCGCCCAGCAACUCCAAGCCUGGAAAGACGCCGGAGGUUUGGCGACCGCAACGACCAACACUGGCUUGGGUGCCAACUCGUCGUUGUUGGAGUCGUCGUCCCCUGCGAAUAACAAUGCCGAUUCCCUCGUGUUUCCCGUGGCCCGCGUACGCAAAAUAUGCAAACUCGAUACGGACGUCAAGGGACUUUCGAAAGAAGCCUUGUUGCUCGUCACCAAGGCCGCCGAACUCUUCACGUCGCAGCUCGGGACGGAAACCACCCGCGUCGCGCAGAUACAGAAUCGUCGCACACUCUUACCGGACGACGUGGCGCAGGUAUGUGCCGCCCGCGCCCGCUUUGACUUUUUGCAACCGGACAUUCAGGAUUUGACCCGCCAGCAACAAACGCAAGCGCGGGUGCAUCAGCAAGAAAAGGCGGCGGCCGCCGGGGAAGUGGCGACCGGCCGCGCCAACGGGAAAAACAUCACGGACUACUUUGCGGCGGUCCCGCAACCGGAGUAG